UCAUUUCGCCUCAACCCUCCACCUCACUCUUGCUUUAUUUAUAUCUUGCUACUCCCCGUUGAAAUUCAAUUUGGUUAUUAAGCUCUGCAAUUGCUCUGAAGAGUAACUUCACAAUCACACUCGAUCCAGCUUGAGACCCCACUAUGGAGGUCGUCGCCAGUGCGGACACACCUCUCCAACCGGGACCCUCCUACGGUAACCAUCCAUUCCCCAGCGCCAUGGACGCUUCUAUGGAUAUCGAUAUGGACCUGGACCUAGGUCCCAUGCCCGAAAAUGAGCAAAGCGAGACCGUUCAGGAUCCCAUGGCCGUGGCAUCUACCGCCGCCGAAGGCGCGGUAGACCCCGAAGAAGUGCUGUAUGAAAAAGUUCACGUUAGAGGCGUCGACGAAUUGACCACAGACAACAUCAAAGAAUUCUCAAUGAGCCACUUCGCUGGAGAGAAGCCGAGCCGUGUCGAAUGGAUUGACGACACGUCCGCGAACCUGGUCUACUCAUCAGCAGAUGUUGGCCUUCAAGCCCUCUCCGCUUUGACACAAAUCACCGAAGAAGAAGACGCGUCCUCCCUACCCGCCCUGCGCUUGCGUACAGCCAAGCUGCUAGCCAGCCACCCCGACUCGGUUCUUCAGGUGAGAUCGGCCGUGAAGACAGAUCGCAAAAAGGCACGCGCCCACGAGUCCAGUCGAUUCUAUCUCAUGCAUCCGGAGCACGACCCGCGCGAGAAACUACGACUGGAGCUUGCAGAUCGACGGCGUCAAGGUGGGGAUAGUGCCGAUGGUGAUUAUAGACGAAGACGAUUUGACGAUCGGGAGUUGCGCCGACGACGGGACCGCGAUGCGGAUGAGCAAUUUGGCGCGAGCAUGUACGAUGAAGGGGGCGCGACGAGCAGCGACCAUUUCGAUAGACGACCGCAACGAGGACACCAGGAGCUGUUCCCCGAGGACGAAGGGCGAUCGUCUGGUCGUCUUCGCAACCGCAGCGCGUCGCCCGGGCGAGACACCUUGGUGGAACAUGGAUACUCGGAACCUGACGAGCGCGCCUCGCGCAGACGGUUCCGCGAACGGUCGCCUGGCCGUCGCAACCUCGGAAAGGAGCUUUUUCCCUCGUCCGGUACGGGUGACAACGAAGCUCCGCGGGAGCUGUUCCCGAACAAGCCCACUUCAAGUUACCUCAAGAAGGAACUUUUCCCAAACAAGGUCAGCAACCACCGUCGUUCCGACGCGAUCGAUGUUGCAGACGAGACUGCAGACCUUUUCGCCCGGAGGAUUUCCCUUCCUUUAGUUGACGGACAACAGGAAGAGGCACCAUCUCAGCGCAAACGAAACAUCGAACUUUUCCCGGAUUCAUCAGCACCAGCGGGUGCCCGUAUUCGAGGGUCCUCUGGUCGGGACCAAGGGUUUUCUAUCCGCGGGUCUGCAGAUGAGGGGAUCUCGAUCAAAGGACGGGGCGCGUCUGUCCGCGAACUCUUCCCGAAUAAAUAUAACAGCAGCGGCAGGGCCGGGAACAAUGCGAACAAGGAGUUGUUUUCCGAUAAGAUCGAGGGACGAGGAGGCCCCCGGCGGAAGGCUGAGGAUUUGUUUGGUUAAUUAGGAUUUUCGGACACAUUCGCCAUGAAUGAUCAUAUACACACCAUCUUAUGAGCCAUAAUCGUUGUUAUAUUCGGGGAAUUUGCAUAUGGGGAAAAUACUAGUGACGCCACUCAAAAC